GUUGAAAUUUUUGAAAAAAGGCUGUUUCUUUAAUCUUCUUCCCUGAUUCCUCUCUUUCCUUUUACUCUUUCUUUUUAUAUAAUUUACAUUCUUCCAAAUUCUCUCUUCCCCUUUCAUUCUCUCCGCCGUUAUCGCCACCGCGAAAGGCAGAGGAUUACAGAGAUGCAGUCAGGUUUCACCGGCGGUGGACCACCGGAUUUCUAUACUUCCGGCAGAUCCAUGGCGAAUCCUUCUCAUCCUAAUCCUUACCGAUCCCAGCUCUCCGGUGGGGCUUUCGUAGAUCCGACUAUCCCUCAGAUCGCUCGCCAAAUACCCUCUUCUUUGCUCGGUAAACGGAAUCUCUCCGAUCUUCACUCUCUUAAUCAAUAUACCCACCAUAAUCUUCCGGUCAAUAAUCUCUUCCUCCGCUCUGUUAAGCCCAGAGCCGGAUUCAGUCACCCGAUUUCUCCUCUUUCCAAUUUCGAUUUGUACUCCACUAUGUCUCUGCCGUCGUCGGAGGUUCAGACCCACCGUCUUUAUGGGUCGUCCUCUGCGGCGGUUCUUCAGCAGCUCCGUCAACAGCCCAACUCUUCGGCGGUGACGCUCAGGGAUUUGCAGAAUCUGGACUCGGAGAAGAAGAAGAUGAUGAAUCACCGCCUUCAGGAGUUGGAGAAACAGCUUCUUGAAGAUAACGACGACGAUGAUGGAAGUGAUGCGGCGUCUGUGAUUACGAGUUCGACUAGCGCUUGGUGUGAGACGAUGUAUAAUCUAAUUAGUCCGACGGCGCCGCCGAAUCAGAAGCCGGUUUCCACUUCGCCGACUACCUCUGCUUCGUCUUCUUGUUCUUCGUCUACGUCGUCCUCUGUAGCUUCUCCGUCCUCUGAUUCUUGGAAACAGUCUGUAAUCGAGGCUGCGGCGGCGAUUUCUGAGGGGAAAUUGGAUGUUGUGGAUGAGAUUCUUGCGCCGGUGGUUAAGAUUUCGAAUGCGAGAGGUAGUUCUGUGCAGAGAUUGGCAGAGUAUAUGGUUUUCGCUCUGAAAUCGCGGGUUAAUCCAGCGGAAUUUCCGCCUCCGGUGGCGGAGAUUUUUGGCGACGAGCACUCGGCGGCGACUCAGUCGCUUUACGAUGUUUCUCCUUGCUUUAAGCUUGCUUUCAUGGCGGCGAAUCUCGCGAUUCUUGAGGCGAUUGAGGAAGAGGAUCGGAAAUUACACAUUGUGGAUUUCGAUAUCGGGAAGGGAGGUCAGUAUAUGAAUCUAAUCCACCUUCUCUCCGGUCGUCAGAAAGGGAAGGUCGUUGUGAAAUUGACGGCGGUUGUGGCGGAGAACGGCAGAGACGAGAGGUUGAAACACGUCGGCGAGUCACUGAGUCAACUAGCAAAAGAACUCGGCGUCGGGUUCAAAUUCAACAUGGUAAAACAAGAACCAUCGGAGCUGACGCGCGAGUCACUCGGGUGCGAUGCAGAUGAAUCACUAGCAGUGAAUUUCGCAUUCAAGUUAUACCAGAUGCCGGACGAGAGCGUGUCAACGGAGAAUCCCCGGGACGAGCUUCUCCGGCGCGUGAAGGCGUUGGCACCCGCCGUCGUGACGGUAAUGGAGCAAGAAUUAAACACGAACACCGCCCCGUUUGCAGCGCGCGUGAGCGAGUCAUGCAUCUACUACGGCUCGCUGUUUGACUCGAUCGACUCAACCGUGUGGUGCGACCACCCGGACCGGGUCAAGGUGGAGGAAGGGCUCGGGCGGAAGCUUGCGAAUUCGCUGGCUUGCGAAGGUAGAGAGCGCGUGGAAAGAUGCGAGGUUUCAGGGAAGUGGCGGGCCAGAAUGGGGAUGGCCGGGUUCGAGUCUAGGCGGAUGAGUGAAAUGGUAGCCGAGUCGAUGAAAACCCGGCUGAGUUCAGGGUACCGAGUCAACCCGGGGUUCACCGUUAAAGAAGAAAACGGAGGGAUUUGCUUCGGUUGGAUGGGUCGGACGCUCACCGUCACAACCGCAUGGCGUUAGUUAACAACAUCACUCAUUGCUAUGUUUUUUGUUUUUGUUUUUUUUUUUUUCCUUUUCUUAAUAUUACCUAAUUUUCUAAGGUAUCAAUAUUAAUAUUAAUAUUAACAUUUUCCCAAGAAAA